AUGGGGGAGGGAACUGUUAGUAAACAAAACAGUUCUCCUCUCUGUUAGGUCCUGCACACUGCUUUGGAUGGCUGUGCACAUCCAAAGCAGUGCCAAGCAGUGUUCUUAUAGUGAAGCACACACACAGAACAUAAUGUAAAAAAUAACACACAGCACACAGUUAACCCUUUGAUCACCCCAGAUGUUAACCCCUUCAUGCACAGUGCCAUUAGUACAGUGGCAGUGCUUUUUAGCACUGAUCAUUGUAUUGGUGUCACUGGGGAUGUCAGUGACACCAAAUCAGUUCCUCCCAGUGUCAGAAUUCCCACCACAGUCCCACUAUAAAUCGCUGAUCGCCACCAUUACUAGUAAAAAACAA